AUGAAAAUCAAGGCCCUCACUCGCACUGCGUCGCAGCAGCAGACGCCAGGCACUUCGGUGCAGCGCCAAACACGCAACCUGGACCCGGCACUACACCCCUUCGAACGAGCACGCGAGUACACAAGAGCCCUGAAUGCGACCAAGAUGGAUCGCAUGUUCGCUCAGCCCUUCCUGGCUCAGCUGGGCCGCGGUCACGUCGACGGAGUCUACACCAUGGCCAAGGACCCCAACUCGCUCGAGAGAUUCGCCUCGGGCAGUGGUGACGGUGUGGUUAAGGUCUGGGACUUGACGACGAGAGAAGAGAUCUGGCAGGCACAAGCGCACGAGAACAUUGUCAAGAGCAUGUGCUGGACACACGACAAGAAGUUGCUUUCGUGCGGCAGCGACAGGAGCAUCAAGAUGUACGACCCCUACAACCAGGCUUCCAAUGCCGCACCGUUGUCGACAUAUCUGGGCCCUGCUGCCUUCACCUCCAUCACCAAGCACCGCACCGAACCCGCCGUGGCUGCCGCUUCCUCCGUCAUCAGCAUCUACGACCUGAACAGACCAAACUCUGCACCGCUGCAGACGCUACAAUGGCCCAACAGCAUCGACACCAUCACCGCCCUCAAGUUCAACCAGACCGAAACUUCCAUCCUCGCUUCCACAGCCACCGACCGCUCCCUCAUCUUCUACGACAUGCGCACCUCUUCUCCUCUGCACAAAUCCGUCCUCACUCUCGCCUCCAACGCAAUCUCCUGGAACCCCAUGGAAGCCUUUAACCUCGCCGUCGCAAACGAAGACCACAACAUUUACAUUUUCGACAUGCGCAACCUCAAGCGCGCCCUCAACGUCCUCAAAGACCACGUCGCCGCACGCAACGAAGGCCACAGCAGGGACGUCUACCACACAAAGCGCAUGCAGCGCGUCUUCUCCGCCGCCUGGACGCCAGACAACAAUUACAUUCUCUCCGGCAGUGACGACGGCAACAUUCGUUUAUGGCGCGCCCGCGCCUCCGAGCGUCAAGGCGUAAAGAGUGCAAGACAGAGACAGCAGCUCGAGUACGACAGAGCGCUGGUGGAGAGAUACAAGCACAUGCCCGAGAUCAGGCGGAUCCACCGUCACAGGCAUUUGCCCAAGCAAGUCAAGAAGGCGUCUGAGAUCAAGGGCGAAGAACUCAAGGCCAUCAGACGCAGAGAAGAGAAUGAGAGGAAGCAUAGCAGCAAGGGCGAUACCAAGAGAAGGAGCGAGAGAGAAAAAAUGGUCUUGCAGACGGAGCAGUAG